AUGCCGGACAACGUACACCUAGUAGGCUUUGCCGAUGAUGUAGCCGCAGUCAUCACAGCACGAAAUGUAACCGAAGCACAGCUCAGACUAAAUCAGGUCAUGCUACGCACGAUGGAAUGGAUGGAUGACCGCGGUCUAAAGCUAGCAACUGAGAAGACAGAACUCAUUAUAUUAACGAAGCAGCAAAUACCCUUGGAAAUUGAAAUGCGGGUAUGGAACUCCACCAUUAAAACGUCCAAGGAAAUGAAAUAUCUGGGCAUCCAGCUGGACUCCAGGAUGUCGUUUUGGGCCCAGAUAAAACAUGCAGGUGAAAAGGCUUCAAAGGCCUCAGCGUCCUUAAGCAAGCUAAUGGCAAACGUUGGCGGCCCAACAGAAGACAAGCGAAAACUGCUAAUGACAGUUGUGAACGCGAUUCUACUCUACGGUUCUGAAGUAUGGUCUAAUGCAUUACACAUUAACCAGAAGCGAAAUGCGCUCGAAAAAAUCCAGAGAACAACGGCACUCAGGGUAGCAUCUGCAUACCGUACGGUUUCAGGUGCGGCGGUCCUUGUUAUAAGCAGCUCAAUACCCAUCGACCUCAUGGCCAUGGAACGGAGGCAAGCAUGGUUAAGCCGCCAAAGCAACGAAAACAGCAGCGUAGCCACAAAUUAUCGGGAACACACAAUGAUAGAGUGGCAAAGUCGGUGGACUAACGAAACUAGUG